AUGCCGGAGUCGCCCCUCAGCCCCUCCACCGCUCGUCAAAGCUCCGUCAGCUCGCUCCUCUCUCACUCAGACACCAGGGCCAACGAGAGCUCGCCUAAUGGGGCGUCCUGCCGAGAAACCAGCGCUCACCACUGGCACAGCCUCCAGCACAGACAGCUGGUGAUGGCCAUGAUGGCUCCACAGCAGCAGCUCCUCACUCCAAACCAACUCCAGGCUCUGCUCCAGCACAAACAACAGGCUCUGCUCUUACAACAGCAACAUCUGAAAGACUUUUACAAAAAGCAACAACAACAGAUUCACCUGCAGCUCCUCAAACAGCACAGUGGAAAAAAACUCAAAGAUGCUCCCAGUUGUCAGCAGUGGGUUUUCCAGCAGCUCCUUCAGCUCCAGCAGCAGCAACUCCUCCAGAGGCCAGUGCCCUCCUCCUCUUCCUCCUGCCUCCCUCCAGAAUUUCAGCUGAUUUGGAAAGAGCUCCUGAGCGGAAUAACAGAAGUUAAAGACAUCGAUAACGUCCCAGCAGAGAAACAGGGCAGUGAGCACAAGUCUCUACCUCCUGAUCCAAAAAGACACAUGGACAGUGAGCACAGUCUGGACGACAAAACCACAGCUCAGUGCAGAGUCCAGAGGCAGGUGGUGCAGCAGCUCCAAGUCCAGCUCUGUAAGGAGAAGAAGCGUCUCCAGGCCAUGAUGUCUCACCUGCGUUUACCUUCUCUAGAGGCUUCUCCUGCUCCACUGGACAGACCCACUGACCCUCUGACUGCACAGGUUGGAUCUGUGCUUCUCACUCAGAAGUUCACCUCAGUCAGUCUGGACUCUGCACACACUCUGGACCCUGAGAGAGUCCAGUCUGAGAGGAUUCAGUCUGAAAGGCUCCAAUCUGAAAGAGUCCAGUCUGAGAGCAGUGAGGAGGAGGCCCCUGACCCCCCCUCCACUGGAGCAGUACGACAACACCCCCUGGUCUACUCUCUGUCAUCAGAGCUGGGUCAUAACAGUUGGCACUCUGCAUCUUUGUCUUCCUCAGAGAAAGAAUAUGAACUUUACAAGAACACAGACAUAAGACCUCCUUUCACCUACGCCACACUCAUCCGACAGGUUGGAUCUGUGCUUCUCACUCAGAAGUUCACCUCAGUCAGUCUGGACUCUGCACACACUCUGGACCCUGAGAGAGUCCAGUCUGAGAGGAUUCAGUCUGAAAGGCUCCAAUCUGAAAGAGUCCAGUCUGAGAGCAGUGAGGAGGAGGCCCCUGACCCCCCCUCCACUGGAGCAGUACGACAACACCCCCUGGUCUACUCUCUGUCAUCAGAGAAAGAAUAUGAACUUUACAAGAACACAGACAUAAGACCUCCUUUCACCUACGCCACACUCAUCCGACAGGCCAUCAUGGAGGCAGCAGACAUGCAGCUCACCCUCAAUGAGAUUUACAACUGGUUCACUCGAACGUUUGCUUAUUUCAGACGCAACGCUGCCACUUGGAAGAACGCCGUGCGACACAACCUGAGCCUGCACAAGUGUUUUGUUCGUGUGGAGAAUGUGAAAGGAGCCGUGUGGACUGUGGAUGAGGUGGAGUACCAGAGGAGGAGGUCCCAGAAGAUCACUGGGAGUGGAUCAGUGACUAAAAGUGGAUUUGGUGCUCCACUGACCAGCAGCUUACAAACUGCGCUGGCUGAAGUUGCAAGACUGAAAAAUGGAUUCCUCGACAGAAAAAUAGGAAACACACUGGAGAAAACAAACACCACUGCACAAGUUCAAGAGUGA